AUGGGCUUGAAGCCGUAUAUGGGCCUUCGAGGCAAUGCCCUCCUCAGGGCUGCUGUCAUGCUGGUCGUGUGCCCAACUUUUACCUGCUAUGGAUACAAUAUGAGUGUGGCAGGUGGCCUCUUGACGCUUCCUGCUUUCAAUACCCAGUUUCCCCGGAUGGAUACGAUUACUACAACUGGAGCACAGCAGGCUGAGAACUCGACUAUUCAAGGCACUGUCAUCGCCCUCUACACUGUCGGCGGUAUCUUCGGCGCCCUGUCAUGCGUCUACCUGGGCGAUCUGCUCGGACGCAAGAAGGUCAUCUUCUGGACCAACUUCAUCACCAUUAUUGGCGCAAUCCUCAUGGCAACCUCCUUCGACUUUGUCCAAUUCAUCAUCGCACGACUAGUCCUUGGUCUGGGUAUUGGUGGCUACGUCGCCACCGUCCCAGUUUGGCAAUCCGAGAUCUCCCCUGCACACAAGCGUGGCUCCAACGUUGUCACCGAUGGUAUCUUCGUCGGUCUCGGCGUUACUCUCGCCCUGUGGAUUGACCUGGGCUUCUACUUUGUCAAGGGUAGUUCCGUGUCGUGGCGGUUCCCGCUUGCCUUCCAGGUCGUGCUGUCGGCUAUUGCUAUGAUUUUCAUCACGGUGAUGCCCGAGUCUCCUCGCUGGUUGAUCAAGACUGGCCGGAUUGAUGAGGCUCGCGAGGUUCUUGCUGCUCUGCUUGAGCUUGAGCCUCACUGUUCUACCAUCACGGAUACUAUCCAUGAGAUUCAGACUACCCUGGCUGUCUGUGGAAAUACCUCUUGGACUGCUAUGUUCACCAAUGGCGAACAGCGUCUGUUCCACCGUGCCUAUCUGGCUGCUACCGGUCAGAUGUUCCAGCAGAUGUGUGGUGUGAACUUGAUCACUUACUAUGCUACUACUAUCUUCGAGCAAUACCUCGGCACCGACGCAGUCAAGUCCCGCAUCCUCGCCGCAGCAAUGGGUCUCAUGCAACCCUUCGGCGGCUACCUAGCCUACUACACAAUCGACCGACUCGGCCGCCGCCCACUCAUGCUCUGGAGCGCCGGCGCAAUGUCAAUCUGCAUGGCCGUCCUCGCCGGUACUACCUCCCCACCCGCGAAAUCCAGCACCGCCGCCCUAGUCAUCGCCGUCAUCGCCCUCUACUGCUUCCAAUUCAUCUUCACCGUCGGCUACUCAGGCCUAACCUUCCUCUAUGCCGCGGAAAUGGCGCCCCUGCAAGUCCGCGCCGCCGUCAGCGCCGUCUCCACCGCCACCGUGUGGACCUUCAACUUCCUUCUCGCAGAGGUGACGCCGAUUGGCUUUGCGUCGAUCUCGAAUAACUAUUAUAUUAUCUUCGCGGUGAUCAAUGCUUUGAUCGUGCCGUCUGUUUACUUCUUUUUCCCCGAGACCAAGGGUCGCUCGCUCGAGGAGAUUGAUGAGAUUUUCGCGCAGUCCAAGAGUAUCUUUGAUCCGCCCAAGGUGGCCCGCCGGAUGCAGAAGACUCUCAGGGCUCAUCAGCCUGAGGCUGCUGGGGCACAGGAUUCGGAGAGUGGUGGGGAGAAUAAUGAGUAUGUUAAGGAGAGUGUUAAGGCUUAG